GGUACCCCAACAUGGGCAGUGAGUGGGGCUGGAGGGGGGAUGGAUUUUUGGGGACCCCCCAACCCCUUUUCUCCCCCUCAGGGUACCCCAACGUGGGCAAGAGCAGCCUCAUCAACAGCCUCAAGCGCAGCCGCGUCUGCGGGGUGGGGGCGACCCCGGGGGUCACCAGGUGCCUCCAGACCGUGCAGCUGGACCGGCACAUCCAGCUCCUGGACUGUCCUGGGGUGGUCCUGGACUCGGGGGACCCCCCAGCUGCCGCCCCCCUGAGAGGGGCCCUGGCCCCCCAGCGCCUGCGGGACCCCCUGAGCCCGGCCAUCGCCAUCCUGCGCCGCUGCCCCCCCCAGCAGCUGAGUGAGCUCUACGGGGUCCCCCCCUGCGCAGACCCCUUGCAGUUCCUGUCCCACCUGGCCCGGCGGCAGGGCCGGCUCCGCCCCGGGGGGCUCCCGGACCCCCACGCCGCUGCCGUGGCCCUGCUGCGUGACUGGACCAGUGGGAAGAUCUCCUACUACACCCACCCCCCCGAGUCCCAGGGGGUGCAGCUGGAGGCCCAAAUCCUGCCGGCACUGGGGCCAGAGCUGGACCUGGAGGCUCUGGAACGGGGGGACGCCGAGGCCCUGGCAGCUGUGCCAGUGACGGUGACAGGGCUGGGGCUGUCCCCGUGUGCCCCCAAGGAGGAGGAGGAGGAUGAAGGAGUAGCCAUGGAGGACGACAGUGGGAAGGACCUGGAGCUCGGUGCGGUGACGGUGGAGCUGAAGCCCCGGGUGAAGUCAGGGGGCUCCGGGGGGGACUCGGUGCCCCGUGCCCCCAGUCUGGAGGAGGUGGCUGCUCUACCCCCCCUGCUUCAGGGCCAGGGGCUGAAGGCAGCUGGGAAAAGGAGAAAAAAGCUGCAAAAAAGAGCAGAGAAGAUCGCCACGAAGCUCUCAGAGACGCUGGAGGCUGCCAUGCAGUUCUGAAACAUCUAAACCAGAGACUUAGAGCUUUUUAUUUUUAUUUAAGUGAGAAAUGGUUAAAGAAAGCCCUUUUUGAAGUAAAAGGACUGGUG